UAGGGCGUACUCCCUAGUUGACUCCAGCCAGGUGUCCACCUUCCUCAUCUCCAUCCUUCUCAUCGUCUAUGGCAGCUUCAGAUCAUUAAACAUGGACUGCGAAAACCAGGAGAAGGAUAAAGAUGGUAACCCCACGACAACAGGGGCUUUCAAUAACAGCAACACAAACAACAGUAUUCAGACUAUAGACUCCACACAGGCCCUGUUCCUGCCCAUAGGAGCCUCUGUGUCUCUGCUAGUCAUGUUCUUCUUCUUUGACUCUGUACAGGUGGUCUUCACCAUCUGUACUGCAGUUCUUGCAACAAUUGCAUUUGCAUUCCUCUUGUUGCCAAUGUGCCAGUAUCUGACCAGACCCUGCUCCCCACAGAACAAGAUUUCUUUUGGCUGCUGUGGGCGUUUCACUCUGGCCGAGCUCCUGUCCUUCUCCCUCUCUGUUAUGUUGGUGCUCAUCUGGGUGCUGACUGGACACUGGCUUCUCAUGGACGCUUUAGCCAUGGGCUUGUGUGUUGCCAUGAUCGCCUUCGUACGGCUUCCCAGUCUGAAGGUGUCUUGCCUGCUGCUGUCAGGAUUGCUCAUUUAUGAUGUGUUCUGGGUGUUCUUCUCAGCCUACAUCUUCAAUAGUAAUGUGAUGGUCAAAGUUGCCACCCAGCCUGCUGAAAAUCCCAUAGACGUUCUGUCCAGGAAGCUCCACCUGGGGCCGGGGAUGGGCCGCGACGUCCCCCGUCUCUCCUUACCUGGCAAACUGGUCUUUCCCAGCUCCACAGGAAGUCACUUCUCUAUGCUGGGAAUAGGUGACAUUGUGAUGCCGGGGCUGCUGUUAUGCUUCGUUCUGCGCUAUGACAACUACAAGAAGCAAGCAAAUGGGGAAGUCCCAGGGCCUGGUAACAUGUCCGGACGCAUGCAGCGCGUCUCCUAUUUCCACUGCACUCUCAUCGGAUACUUUGUGGGUCUGCUUACUGCCACUGUGGCCUCCAGGAUCCAUCGUGCUGCUCAGCCCGCUCUGCUCUACUUGGUGCCCUUCACCCUGCUGCCUCUGCUCACUAUGGCCUACCUGAAGGGGGAUUUGCGGCGUAUGUGGUCCGAGCCCUUCCAUACCAAGACCAGCAGCUCCCGCUUCCUGGAGGUAUGAUGCACUCUGGGAUAAACGACCAGCGCGGGGAGGACUGCGGAUCCUUUACCUUAAUUAGAGGGAAGGAGAGAGGGCGCACUCACAGUGAGGCCAUGUUGUCAUCACUUGUUCAUGCUUUCCGCCAAUCUUCUGUGAAAACCCUCAAAAGGACACCAGUGUGUGGAUCACAACGCCCCAACACGACUCAUCCUUGGUCCCUACGUCCUGCCCGUUUCAUCCCCGCUUCCUCUUUUUCUGUUUAUUUCCUCUUCAUUAUAGCACAUCCUGCCUAUGCUGUUUUUUCUGGCCCCCUCCCCCUCUCUUUUUUUGCCCUUUCCCGUCUUUUAUAGUUGGUCUCACUUGCCACUUCCCAUUCCAUUUGUCAGGCCUCUCUGCAUUUCCGUAUUUUUAUCUGCGUCUUUUAAUUUUCUCUGCAUCUCUGUCACCCACUCGGAUGAACUCGAGGGCCAGGCCUCCCCCCUUUUUGUGGACUUAGGGUUGCGAGACAUGUCUGGGGUUUAUAUAUAUUUUUUUAGCAUUGUCGUGGUCAUUAUUAUUAUUAUUAUUAAUAUUAUUAUGGGCCGAUUUAAACAAACUGAGAAGAGGCGGGGUGUUGCAGUGGCACAGGACAGUGCUCGGGAGCAGCGACACAAUAAAGGAGAGUCUUCCCCCUCCAUCCGUCUCCCUCUUUCUCCCCUGCUUUCUUCAUUUGUCCCAUCACCCCACCACAGUAGCGUCUUCCCUGCGCUCCCGCCCUCCUCUCUGAUCAUCUGCUGUCCCCAUUCCCUGCCCUCACAGAUAACUAUGUAUUUUAUUUAGAAAAGUUUUAUUCUUGGCAUAUACAGAAAUGAUGCAUUAUAAAUUGUUAAGCUGCCCCCAGCGUUUGAGGGGCUGCUUCUAUUUGUAUAUAUGUGCAUUUGCGGUAUCUUAAGUUUGUAUUUGUGUUCGGGAGCAUGUUGAAUAGGGUGGGAAACUGACGCCAGCCAGCAGCCAAAUUUUGGUAAAUUUCAGUUGUGUUUAGACAACUGGUCAGCAUCACUUGUUUAGAGAUUGUUUUCUAAAGUUUGUUGGCUUGUGUAAUAGAAACUUAACUGAUGAAUUGUCUUGGUAGGGGUGGGAGGGGGGACAAAUACAAAACAUCUGCAUCUGUGGCUGGUUGAGAAAAAGGUUAGUUUCCUGCUCUUGUGUGUGUGUGUGUGUGUGUGUGUGUGUGUGUGUGUGUGUUUGUGUGUGAAGGGGGGGUGCGCGAAGCGAAACAGUUGCGUCAACGGUUGUUUUACUUGGUUUUAAUUUGAAAUCAUGAAUAUGUUUAAAACAGUGACAAUAGUCAGGUUUCCAUAGAGCUGGGCGUGUUGGAUCAAACUUUCGUAAACACAUGACACGUGUAAUAGAAACAGUUUGUGUCUAACUUGUAAAACAAAAAUGACAGAAAACCCAACAGGGGGUCGUUUUUUCUUUUUCAGUCUCCCUGCAGACAGGUGGAAAUGUAUACAGUGUUUUUGUCAAAUAAAUGAAUGUUGAAUUAA